AAUAUGAUAUAUAGCUUUUCCAUGUAAACCGCUGAGGUUUCUUUCACAUUCUAGCUAUAUAAGCGAGUCCUAGAUACAAGCUCUAAUUCACAAUCCUGGGAAAAAAAAAUAUUCUAUUGGGCACAUUUCUACAUGUCUUCUAUUCUUCUAUUUCGAUGGUUUCUGUUCUUUGUCAUUCUCUUAACCUCUGCAACAGCACUGCUUGAUAUUCCAAGGCUUAGUCCAAUAGGACCAAGAAUUCAUGAAGACCCAGCUGAGAUUUUGUCUGAAUCAAUUUCGGAUGAUUUCGAGACAUUCUUUUACAACCAAACUCUUGAUCACUUCAACUAUAAACCUGAAAGCUACAAAACCUUUGAACAAAGAUAUGUUAUCAAUUCCAAAUACUGGGGUGGUGCUAAUUCUACUGCACCUAUUUUAGUGUAUUUUGGUGCAGAAGCACCACUGGAUGGUGAUCUUGCUGUUAUUGGGUUUCUCUCUGACAAUGCUUUGCGAUUUAAUGCUCUUCUGUUAUAUAUAGAGCACAGAUACUAUGGGAAAUCAAUCCCAUUUGGAUCAAGGGAAGAAGCCUUGAAAAAUGGAAGCACUCGUGGGUAUUUCAACUCUGCACAAGCUAUUGCAGACUAUGCAGAAAUUAUCAUUCACGUCAAGAAAAUCUUACAUGCUGAAAAUUCUCCGGUUAUUGUCAUCGGAGGAUCCUACGGUGGAAUGUUGGCUUCCUGGUUUCGACUUAAGUACCCUCACAUAGCCCUUGGAGCUUUGGCCUCAUCAGCACCUGUUCUAUACUUUGAUGAUAUUACUCCACAUGAUGGAUACUAUUCUAUUGUUUCCAAGGAUUUUAGAGAAGCUAGUAAGACUUGCUACCGGACAAUAAAGAAGUCAUGGGCUGAAAUUGAUGAAAUUGCUUCUAAACCCAAUGGCCUUUCAAUCCUCAGCAAGAAAUUCAAAACUUGCAAACCCUUGAACGACUCCGAUGAGCUCAAAAACUACUUGGACUCCAUGUAUAGUGGUGCUGCUCAAUACAAUAAGCCACCCACAUAUCCUGUAAAUAUAAUCUGUAGUGGCAUAGAUGGAAGCUCAAGCACUGAUUCUGGGAAUGAUACACUGAGCAAAAUAUUUGCUGGUCUUUUUGCUUACAGGGGAAACAAAUCUUGCUAUAUUAAUCCACCGACUAAUGUAUCUGAAACAAGAGUUGGGUGGAGAUGGCAGACAUGUAGUGAGAUGGUGAUACCUAUUGGCCGUGGGAAUGACACCAUGUUCCCGCCUGACCCUUUCGAUCUCAACAGCUACAUCCAAGACUGCAAGGAUUUCUAUGGUGUUCCACCUCGACCUCAUUGGGUCACCACCUAUUACGGAGGCCAUAGCAUAAAGCUUAUUCUCCAGAGGUUUGGUAGCAACAUCAUUUUCUCCAAUGGAUUGAAAGAUCCUUACAGUAGUGGCGGGGUGUUGGAGAAUUUAUCAGACACCAUUACUGCUGUUCAUACAGUUAAUGGGUCUCAUUGCUUGGACAUAGUUUUCGCAAACAAAACAACUGAUCCAGUAUGGUUGGUCGAACAAAGAGAAGUCGAGAUCAAAAUUAUUGAAGGAUGGAUUAACAAGUACUAUGAUGAUCUAAGGAAUCAGCAAUGAAAACCACACCAAAUUUGUAAUAAUCUGGAAUGCGAUUAAUGGUAGUAGGAAUAUUAAAGGACUCCAAUAUAAUGAAAUCAUGAAAGAAAUGUGUCUAUUUUGUUAUUCUUGAGCAAGAAAAAUUCAUGAAAACAUAAAUGCAUCAGAAGCAAGUUGUAUA